CCCAAAACAAACAAACACGCUUUUUCCAAGGAGAGACUCUAUCUACAACCUAGAGUCAUUCAGGAGAGCUGUAAAAAAAAUCAGGCUUUUUCCGAGGAAAGAUGUCGUCGCUUCUUAUACUGGCUGUCUCACCCCCCCACCCUGAACUGAACUCUUACUGGAUCUUUACAGGGAGGCCGCCAUUUUGUAGACCCGCGAAAAACAGCCGUAGAUGGAGCCGGACAGAGAGAGGGAGAGGGUGGAGAGGUGAGGGAAGAGCAGCAGAUACAAAGCGCUGGUCUCUGCUUUGGGCUUCUCAUGACGAUAUUAACAACCUGGAAUACUUUUAUAAGGAACCGUUUUGAUCGCUGUGACCCGUGGACCCUUACGGACUAAAGGAAUACAGACAAUGGAGGAAUGGAGGGAGAACCGGAGUUCUACACGUCUAAACGACCCUGACUCUCUGCGUCUCUCCCUCCUCAUCCGUCCUCCUGUCCGUCUCCUCCUCGGCCCGUCUGUCCAGCAUGUCGUUGAAGGUCCAGACCAGCAACGUGACCAACAAGACAGACCCAAAGUCCAUCAACUCACGGGUGUUCAUCGGGAACCUGAACACAGCGGUGGUGAAGAAGUCCGAUGUGGAGACCAUCUUCUCCAAGUACGGCCGUGUGCUGGGCUGCUCCGUGCACAAGGGCUACGCCUUCGUCCAGUAUGCCAGCGAGAGGCACGCCAGGGGGGCGGUGAUCGGCGAGAACGGCAGGGUGCUGGCCGGACAGACGCUCGACAUCAACAUGGCCGGAGAGCCGAAGCCAAACAGAGCCAAAGGCCUGAAGAGAUCAGCAGCUUCUCUCUACAGUGGCUACGAGUUUGACUACGAUUACUACAGAGAAGACUUCUACGACAGGUUGUUUGAGUACCGUGGCCGGGUGUCUCCGGUUCCUCGGGUGGUGCCCGUCAAACGCCCGCGGGUGGCGGUGCCUCUGGUACGACGGGUCAAAUCGUUGCCAGUCAAACUGCUGACUCGUAACGCCUCCGUCCUUCCCACCAGCAACUGCAACAGACAGAGAUCAGUGAGAAGCACAGAGCUUCAGGCGAUCAAGUCAGAGUUGACUCAGAUUAAAACCAACAUCGAAGCUUUACUGGGCAGACUGGAGCAGAUCACGGAAGACACACACAUCACAGCCACAGAGUUGAGGAAGGCAGAGGCGUGUAAAAACAAGGAGGUGUGGCAGGAAGGGAAGGAGUCAAGCUCAGAGCUGGACGAGGAGGAGGAGGAGGAGCAGAGACAGAACAGCACCGCUGAGGAGGAGGACGAAGACGACCAGGAAGAGGAGGAAGGAGAGCACACGCAGGACGACGCCCACAACCACAUGGAAAACAGUCGCCUAUCAUCAGAGCUGGACUCCAUCCACCCCUGAGAGGUGGAGUGGACUGUGGAGGACGAGACAGACAGACAGACAGACAGACAGACAGAGAGAGAGGGAGAGAGCGAGCCUUGGAUUGACAGAGAACUGGAUAACAGCACAGGAAGGCCAUCAAACAGCAGGGAGCCAGACUCCCGCUCACAACUGUAAAAACACACAGCAGAGAGACAGACCCGACACUUUGUCAGAGCCACAGGAAGAUACUAAAACAGCAGGGUACUGCCAGAACACAUCAUAAACUGAUGAGUUACACACACACACACACACACACACACACACACACACACACACAAACACACAAAGCAAAGGAAAUAGACAUGAUUCUGUGUCAGAGCCACAGGGAAACAGUAAAACAGCAGGCUGCUGUCAAUGCAUCUUAAACCAACAGAUUUUACAAACACUGACACACACACACACAGACACACACACAGACACACACACACACGCACACACGCACACACCCAUGUGUGGGGAAGCUGGAGCUGUGGAACAGGCCGAGCAGUUCGACGACUAAAAACUCUGUUAGUGCAAAUUCCUCUGAGAUGAAAAUGAAAGACGAAACCACAGAUGACCACAGAGCUGAGGGGGCGGAGCCACAAGACCACUGUCACUGCUGCUUACAAACCUGGUACACAGUUUGAAUUCAGUCACAUUCAUAACAAGGUCAUUUGGUUCAACUGCAGUUAGAUUUUUAAAACUUUGAAAUUAGUUUGACACCAGUGAGAAAUGAACAUAUCUGAUUGAUCAGUAUUGAUCAGUUAAUGUUGUAUAGAUCAGAGUAAAUGAAGGCCAGGUUGCAUUAACAAGGAAACGUACUGAAUGUUUCUCUGAAGCCACGCCCACACUGAUAAGUUUUGAAUUUAAAACCAAAACAAUCUCGGUCCACACAAACACACCUGAAAACACCUGAGCAUUCGCCUGCACUGAGCGUGUGCGAGUCGGUGUAAACAGGAAGUAGCUUGUCUCCUCUGCAGUAAAGCCUCUGAAGGAGGAACAGCAGAGACAGUUGUAGCAUUAAAACAGAGAAUGUAAGUGAACAGCAGCUGCUGCAAAGACAACAAGGUCAGUAACACUGUCAUUCAUUAUCAUGUUGUAUUCACCACUGGUAGUCCAGGCUGAUGACAGCCAAUCAGGAGAGACCCUGGCUGUGACCUCAUCGUUUACACUCUCUGUCCAGACUACAACACGACCCAAGAGUUUUCAAAAUAAAACACAACUCCAGAGUUUUCAAAAUAAAACACAACUCCAGAGUUUUCAGAAUAAAACGUGUCCAGCAGAGUUUCUGAAAGUCUCGGUUUGAGCGUCUGAAGACUCUGGAGUUGUGUGGACAGAGGAGGAAGUGUAGAAGAAGAGAUGAGUUUUAAAACUAAAACGCCAUGUGGGCGGAGCCUGAGACUCCUUCAGACGACCUCUAACAGCUGCUGUGUCCCUCCACGCUGCAUGAAUUAAACCAGAUUUGGUUAAAGAAAACAGCGGCAGCUCCACAUCCCGAGCACUGACUCAACAAGAUACAGAAGGUGUCACCACAUCAUCAGUAUUGAUGAGGGCUGAUAUCUGAAACCUGUAGAAAUUAUAUAGAUAUUUAAGACUGUAGAUUUGAUUCAUGAACUUUGAAUCACUCUGAGAUUGAGCAACUCCAACACAGAGUUUCAAUCACUGAUGCCAAACUAGAGGAACUCGGCAUGGGGUCAGGAGAAGCUGAGUAAAGGUGAAAUAUAAAAACAGGUUUUAUUAUUAAUCACCAGCACGUGUUCACAGGUUUAUUAUCCUGAAGCUGCGAGCUGCUCCUUCAUAUUCUGAAAUUCACAAAUAACACAUGGGGCUUUUAUUACAGGUGAGAAGGUUCGAAGCAACAAUUAAAAAAGUAAAAAAUGACAAAACAACCAAUGUUUUAUAUGAUGACUUCGGCUCCUCAGUGACUUCUGACCCCGUCUGAGACACUCAUGAAAAUACAAGCUCUUUUCUCUGACUGUUAAUGUCUGUGACAGUUGAGAGGAAACGCUCCACAGCAGCUGUAAAACACUGGUGGAUCAGCAUGUUUCAGUCCUUCACACGUCACUUCACUGUGUUCACGCAGUUCUGAGCUUCAGGUUCAACUCUGCUGUUUGCAAUGAAUCUGGUCUUUUUCCCGCCGCUGCUCCUCCUCAUGACUCGGAGCUGCAGGUGUGAGGUGCCUGAGGAGAAAGAACCUUUUUCUCCUGUUGAUAAUGUGAAUCUGUAAAGACCCUCCCACCUGUGUCUCCAUGUCAUCCUUCCUUUCCUCUCAUUCACCCACUUCUUCACUGAACAACAGGUGUAGUGCUGCUGGAGCGCACCUGAGCGACGCUCCGCCACUUCUUUUCUCCAGGUGAUGAAAUCAAAUAUUUGAAAUUUAUAUAUAUUAAUUUAUAUAUUUUUUAAGCGCAUGAAGAUCUGAUCGUCACUAAAGCGUUGGUCAUGUAGAGAGCCAAUUAAAACUAGAAUCACCACCUCCACCAACCAAGUAUCAGGAAAUCCCUCCUCCUGCCUCCUCCCUCCCUCCUGCCUCCUCCCCCCUCCCUCCUCCUGCCUCCUCUCUCCUUCCUACUUCCUCCCUGCUUCCUCCUUCCUGCCUCCUCCCUCCUUCCUGCCUCCUCCCUCCUUCCUGCCUCCUCCCCCCUCCCUCCUUCCUGCCUCCUCCCUCCUCCCUCCUUCCUGCCUCCUCCCUCCUCCCUGCUUCCUGCCUCCUCUCUCCUCCCUGCUUCCUGCCUCCUCUCUCCUUCCUGCCUCCUCCCCCCUUCCUCCUUCCUGCCUCCUCCCCCCUCCCUCCUUCCUGCCUCCUCCCCCC